AUGACCGGCGGUUUCAAACGUGGCGGCAUCCGAGGAGGCGGCGGCGGCGGCUUCAAGAAAGGCUACGCUAAGAAACGCUCACCUGGGGAUGACGAUGACGCGCCUCGUGCGAGCAAGAAAUCGAAAGGCGACGAUGACGAGGAAGAAGACGCAGCGCCUGUUGUUCCAAAGCUAAAGACAGACGAAGACAACAACCCAUUCAUUGCACUUAAUCACAGCGGCAAACGACGUGUAACAGUUAGUGACUUUAAAGGCAUGACACUGGUCAGUAUUCGGGAAUACUGGGUGAAUGAUGGAGGUGAACUGAAGCCGGGAAAGAAGGGUAUCUCACUGUCAAUAGAACAGUACAACGCACUCCUCGCCUCAGCGCCACUAUUGGAAUCCGUCCUUAGCAAGAAAGACGUUCAGGUAGCACGACCAAAUUACGAAGCAGACCUGAACGCUUUGAAGCCAGCUGAGGAGGAGAAGGAAGAAGGGCAACAGUCUAUCGCCAAGGUCUACGAUGAUGAAAACGAGGAAUAA